UGCCUUAUCUUAUUCCACAAAGAAACAAACGGUCCUCCAUCGCAAGUCACAAAAUAUCUUAGCUAUGGAGAGGGGAGGAAGGAUAGUGUUCUGGACGAGCCUCACAUUCUACCCAGUCCAUACCACCUUCGCACCCGAUGGUUGUACGUGCAUGCUCCUUGAACACUGCGCUCCCUCCACCCCAUGCUGUGCUUCCAAAGCCCUCAGCUCAAAUCCCAGUCUCCUCACCCUCACUUUAUUCUUCCACCAUCGGAAAUGGUUCCCAUUCAGUGUCUGAGGAGCCUCCAACAAUUGCUGCCAUAACUGAAGCAGUGAAGCUUGCAAAUUCUGCGCUCCAGGCUGCCAGGGAUGCCAUGUCUUUGGCUCUAGCACUCGGUGAGAUCACGUCAUCGAUGCAGGCUAACCACGAGAAGCAGCAAAUGGAACUAGAACAGUAUGAAGGGGCUUUCAAGAAAAAUGCCAUGGCUGCAUGGAGGAGGCGGAGAAGGAAGAGAAGAAAGAACCGAAAGUUAUCAAUCAAUGACGAUGAUGAAGCUGAUGAGUAUUCCAGCAGGUACUUGAUGGAAGGAUGCUCAUCCAGGUCAGAGCGAUCGAGAUAUCUUACACCAAGGGAAGAGGCUGAGUUCUCUCACUAUCUCAAGCAAGAGGCCAUGCUAGAGACUGCAGGCAAGCAGAUCAGAGACUGCAGUCCUCUGGACUCAGGAUGUGCUGCCAUUUCUGCUAGCAUGAAGAGGAGAAACAGUGAAAGGACAUUGCUGAAGGCCAGGGAGUGUAGAGAGAGGAUCACCCUCAGCUAUAAGCGGCUAGUUGUCUCCAUUGCAACUCCGUAUCAAGGCAAAGGACUGGGCCUCCAGGACCUCAUCCAGGAAGGAUGCAUAGGACUUCUUCGAGGUGCACGGAGAUUUGACUCCAAGAAAGGAUAUAAACUUUCAACAUAUGCUUACUGGUGGAUCAGGCAAGCAAUUCUCAAAGCUAUAGCGAACAAAUCAAGGAUGGUGAGAAUGCCGGGGAAUUUGUGUGAGGCAAUGAACAAGAUUAUGGAAUCUAAGUCUUUGUUAAGAAGGCAGUUAGGGAGAAACCCCACUUAUGAUGAAAUUGCAGACUUCGCCGGCAUAGGUGUCUCUAGUGUACGAAUUAUAAGUGAGAGAAGCAGACAUCCGAUCUCUGUUGAUCAACCUGUGAACAAACAAGGAUUGACUCUAAAGGAUAUCAUCCCAGGGCCAGAUGAAAUAAGACCAGAAGUUAUAGUCAAUCGACAAGAGAUGUUACAAAACAUGGGGAAGCUUCUCAAGAUACUGAAUGGAAGGGAACAAUACAUCAUAAGGUUGCACUAUGGAUUAAAUGGUGAGACAGCUCGAUCAUGUGAUGAGAUUGGGAGAUUAUUAAACCUUUCUAGGGAGAGAAUUCGACAAAUUCAUUGCAGUGCACUAAGAAGACUCAGGGAAGAGAGGAGUUUAAUAGAAUGCCUUAGACAAAGUGUUGAAUAGAAGUUUAUACCUGGUUCCCCAAUCAUAAUUUUUGAGGAUAUCUUUGUUGUAAGUAAAUUCUGGAAAUACUAAAUAUUUGAAAAUCCAGUGCAAUAGUUUGAUGGCAAUGACAAUUUUUUUCUUUAUCUUUCUCAUGCCA